AUGGUAUUCGUUGAGAUUUCAUUAACUGACGAGAUUCAUUUGAGAAGCCUGAAGCCAUGCGGGUAUUCAGAGAAGAGAUGAUAACUCAAGCUUGACUGAAUUGGUAUCAGUAACGCCGACGCAGACAUCCAAUACUCUUCAUCCAAGCAUCACACCACCACCGAAUUUCAACCUCGCCUUGACAAAGGGUCCUCUGAUCUUUGGAGAGCCUAGCGAGUGCCAUAACGCUAGUUUCAUAAACAGUCUCUCGAAGUGGAUUGGCAAUCAAACAAUCGAAGAUAAUCCAUGUCGGAAAGAUGAUAAUGCCCCUUGUAGGGCUUGGACCUCAGUCAGUUUGUAAGUAUAACUAACUCCUUUUCAAUCCAAGAUCCCCAGCGCGCUAACUUACUUCUCAGAGAUGUUGGAAGUGUUCAGCUGUUUUACUUCCCUCCCGUCACGGCGAAUGUUUCGUAUCCUUCCACUGUCUACAUGUCCCAUUUGGAUUACACUUUGUGCGUAUAGAUACAAACCAAAUUCUGCAAACUGGGCUUGACUGAUGGCUAUCUAGUACAUCCCCCUCAGUUUACAUGGUCUGGUCCACGAUUCGCGGUUACAACCACUGUAGUACAACGAGCAUAAUUCGACCUAUAGCCGUGCCUGGCCCCGAUAACUCCGUAAUCACGACAAGCGGAUGGCUCACAGUCCCUAACGACAAGUAUCCAGUCGGCCCAACACUUCGAAGUGUCAUCUACCCAUUCGAUUUGACACAAGUCAGUAGCCAAACAAUGCGGCUUUUCGUCACCACAGUACCUGUAGGGGGAUUCUUUGAGUGGCAUCCCGGGGGGUCGGCCGCACUCACAUUGUCUGAUUGUGUAGCGAUUGUUCCGUCCUCAGUCUCCCAAGCGUGUAUAGCGAGCAUACCACACUUUACUCGGCGGCUGUACAACGAUCGUGGUCGUCGCGGAUGGCAAAGGACAACAGGGUGGCUCGAUAUAACCCGUAUUUGAUGAUUCCUGGUGUGGUCCUGGAUUUUGGCAUGGCAUGGUGGAAAGAGGGUAUUAUUCCCAGGUUUAAUUCUUUGGAUAUGCCAGAUCCCCCGUAUGCUAUCACCCGUAAUUCAAAUCUUCAACCUACGGCCCCUGAGCUACCAGCUACAUUCAUCAAGCCUUUCACUUCUUCGUUGCCGAUGCCGGUUGCUACGAGAACUCCAGGAUCCGCCCCUACUGCAAUUUCACCCCCUCAGAAUGGGAGCCCUGAUCCACCUAGCCCAAUAGGAGAUAUUCCAAACCAUGACUCCAAUCCUUAAACUCCUUCGCCUGCUGAUACAGAUCAUCGGCCCCAGGGGGAUUCUGGCGUCGCAGGAGAUACCGACGGCUCAAAACCCAAUGUUGGUGUCUCCCCGAACAAUAUGGAUCAUGAUCUUGGAGGACACACACACACUGCAGGUAAUGGAGACAACAAUGGUCUUGCAGGCGGGAAUGGCUCCCCAAAUAGCAAUAACCCAACCGUGUCCGCCGUCUCGGUAGCAGUAAUCGGGACAGAAGUCAUAUCCGUCAUCCCAGGGAAGUAUUUCAACGGGAAUACAGAAGGGAUUGCAUAUAUUCUCCCAGGAGGAGCUACACUUAAGCAGGAAGCGUUACCACACUCCGCGCCAACGAUGGAAAAUUCGUUGCCGUCUCAGCUGGGACUAAAGGGACCUUGGUUGUCAGCACCAUUGGAGAUUCGAGAGACACUACGUUUUCUGCACCUUUUCGAAAUGAUGUUCUCGUUCCGUCUUUGGGGGUUGGUGCAGCCGAUCAGGAUCCUUAUGUUGGGACUUUAGUCAAUAGCAUGAUUAACAAAGGUUCGCCUGGGCAGACUGAAGCGAGGGUUUCUACUGCUGGUGGUCAGAUAUUGUUCGCAAGUCCUGCAUCUACUCCGAGCGCGGGUCUGGGUUUGGAAAAUGGAGCUGUAUCUGAGAGUGGUAGUAGUAAUGGUGGAAGCAGUAGCGAAGGCAAUUUGUUUCGCGGAGCUGGAACUGAUAACUCGACUACCAGUGGUUCGGGAGCUCUUGAAAGUGGCCGUUGCUACGCGGUGAUUUGGGGGAUUAUUGGGAUUCUUCUGUUCUCAUAG